AUGGCGGUGGUGGAAAGCUUGUCAGGUCAUGGAUGGGCAGCCUGGAUCUUGACUUCAGAUGUGCUGCUCUGGACGAGUGUCACUCUGGUGCCAGUGGCUGCGCUGCUAGCACUCUUGGUCGACUAUGUUCGUAUUCUUGGGCUUCACAGGCGAAUGCCACCCGGCGUUCUACCGUUGCCAAUCAUUGGCAAUACUCACCUGCUGCCCGAGAACAAGCCUUGGAUCUACUUCGAAGCACUUUCCAAAAAGCUGAAAUCGCCGGUCAUCACGUUCUGGAUUGGCAGAAAGCCUACAGUGUGGAUCAAUGACGCCUGGUCGGCCGCAGAGCUCCUGGAAAAGAAAGCCGCUGUCUAUGCCUCACGCCCGCGAAUGGUCGUUUUCGCAGAGCUGACGGGGAUGGGGCAGUCGUCGGAUGCUGAUGCCAAAGUGCCCGGCACGAAUCUCGUCACGAUGUACUAUGGCGAGCGUUGGCGAGUGCACCGAAAGAUCACACAUGCCGGCGUGGGGCUCCAACAAGUUCGCAAAUACCGUGAUUUCCAGAAUGACGAGAGCAAGCUUGUGGCCUUCAGUCUCGUGCGCACGCCACACGAGUACGUCGCACACUUCGAGCGGUAUGCAGCUAGUGUGGUCUCGAUCAUCGGAUUUGGCAGGAGGAUAGCAAGCAUCACGGAUCCGCUCAUCACGGAAGUGAUUGCUGUGAUGCAGAAGGCCGCAGACUUGAAUGUGCCCGGCAAGUCUUUCCCGAUGCUCUUUGAGACGUUCCCAUGGCUUGCCAACCUUCCGCCUCAAUUAUUCCCGUGGAUGUUCAAUGGCCUGGGUCGCAGGCGAAGAGGCCAAGACUUCUUCUAUGCUCUGGCCGAUGAAGCGAGGACGAAGACGCCAGACGAAGACUGCUUUGUGAAAACUUUGUUCACAGAAGCGCCCAAAUACAAUCUGAGAAAGGAUGAGAUUUCGUCGCUGGCUGGAAACCUGUUCGGCGCGGGAAGUGACACGUCCAGCAGUACUCUGAUCACUUUCGUGCUUGCGUGCUGCGCCUUCCCCGAGGUAUUGCCCAAAGCCUGGGAAGAGCUGGAUCGGGUGGUUGGCCAUCACCGCAGCCCAUCGUGGGAGGAUGAAGCUGAGCUGGUAUACGUGAAAGCUUUCGUCAAGGAGGUUUUCAGAUGGCGUAGUGUGGCCAUCAUCGGAGGCCAGCCUCACGCACCGGUGCAGGACGACGAAUGGAAUGGAUACAAAAUCCCGAAAGGCACCUGGACUCAAGGCAAUGUAUGGGCAAUACACCACAACGAGAAUGAGUUCCCAGAGCCAGACCGCUUCAAGCCAGAACGCUUUCUGAAGAACGACGCCGCAUCGAGGCCAUUUCCGAAUGAGAAAGGAUAUAUGACGUUUGGCUGGGGGCGACGCGUGUGUAGUGGCCAAGGUCUUGCUGAGCAGGGCACCUUCAUCACCGUUGCCAGACUGCUGUGGGCAUUCCGGAUAGAAAAGGCGCGAGACUCGCACGGGCAUGAGAUUCCCGUCGAUAUUUUCAACUAUACAAACGGCCUGAAUAUGCGCCCGCAGGAAUUUCCGUGUGUCUUCGUCCCAAGAUCCGACGAUAUUCGGCGCGCCGUGGAGCGAGAAGGUCGGCAGGCACUUGAGAAUCUAUCCAGGUAUGAUGGAGAGUCGGAGCGCGUGGGCGAGUUCUUCAAGAAAGCAAAGCAGAACGCUUAA